AUGACGAAAUUCCGACCCUGUAUAGACCUGCAUUCCGGUCAGGUGAAGCAGAUUGUAGGUGGUACAUUGACAACUGCUUCCUCUGAUUUGAAAACCAACUAUGUCUCGAAAUUACCAGCUGGUCAUUUCGCAAAACUCUACAAGGAGAAUGGUCUUACCGGUGCUCAUGUCAUUAUGCUUGGACCUGGAAAUGAAGAGGCAGCUAAAGAAGCCGUAGGAGAGUGGAAAAAUGGUCUUCAGGUCGGAGGUGGUAUUACGAAUGAAAAUGCUAAGCAAUGGAUUGAUUGGGGUGCUGAGAGGGUCAUUAUUACUUCUUUUCUAUUUCCCAAUGGGAAGUUCUCCCAAGAACGAUUGGAUUCCGUAUUGGAAGCUCUUGGUGGUGAUAAAGAAAAACUUGUCAUUGAUCUGAGUUGUCGAAGGAGAGAUGAUACUUGGUUUGUGGCUAUGAACAAAUGGCAGACCAUCACAGAUAUGGAGGUAAAUGCGGCAUCUAUCAAAUCCUUAGAGCCAUAUUGCUCUGAAUUCUUAAUUCAUGCAGCGGAUAACGAAGGCUUGCAAAAGGGUAUCGAUGAACAACUUGUCGAGAAAUUGGCACAAUGGUGUAGUAUUCCAGUCACUUAUGCUGGUGGCGGGAGAAACCUUCAAGAUCUUGAUUAUGUCAAGAAACUGAGUGGUGGAAAAGUUGACCUUACGAUUGGAAGUGCUCUAGAUGUUUUCGGAGGUUCUGGAGUCACAUUUGAUGAAUGUGUACAAUGGAACCAGAGGCAAGUUGCUUCUUCAUAA